CACACUCACUCACUCACUCAUGUUACAUGUAACAAUGUCUCAAGUCACCUCAUGUUACCUAUAACAAACAAAAUGUAGGAAAAACAAUUAAAAACUGACACUUCUUUUUAAAAGUGACAAUAUUUGUUUCCAGGGGUUUUCAUGCAUGUGGAACUCACCAGGGACGAGGAAAUAAUAUCUUGGCCUUUUUAUGUAUUUUUUUUUCAAUUUAUAUUCAAACAAGAGACUGUUUCCAGUCUGCCUCGACACCUGAUCCCUGCUUCAUACAUACUCAUGUGUUUUGUGUACUUUUCCACGCCUGCCGGAUUGCCGCUGAUCGUUGAAAUGGCCUGACCGUCAGAAGAAAGACACAGAUUACACCUAGGUCAUGUGACAUAAGUUAAAGCUGAAGAACAUGCCCACCAAUGUCUACUACUCUGAUUUCGCUCAUUUUGCACACGACCCGCCUGGACACACCUGCGGGCUGCCAUGUUGUCGCGAGGAUCUGAGAGUGCACAUCAAACCGCCAGCUUCCGGCUACAGCUGCAUGCCAUCUCAAGAAAAGGUUCUAGACGACAAUUUCACCUUCCGAAAAAAACGUCUUGGCCUUAUUCAAGGGCGUCCGACUUUUAGCAACAGGUUCUUUUCUCUGCAGCACAUCAACAGCGAAGAGAUUUACAGGCAGCGAAUGCCUAUUCCAAAUUUUGGCGAGAGAAUUAGCGAGAGAGGGGAGGGGCCGAAAAGUCCAGAUCUAUUGUUAUCUGACAGCUUGGAAAAUCCGUUUGUACUGACGACAAGAGCGAGGUUACAACAAGGCGAGAAUAUAUGCCGCAGGAAGGUAUGCCUGCCUGACUCUCCGGAGAAUAUUCAUAAGUUAAUAUUUGCCGAUUUUGAGCCUGGGGAAAGUCUAGAUUUUGAGGAUUCCGAUGUUAGUGAAGAUCCCACGAUUGAAUACUACACAACUACGUCCCAAAACGUUAUCAAAGUGGAAACGGCGCCAAUCAAAGUUCUCAACAAUGACACGAAAUCGGAAACGCCCGUUGGAUAUAACAACAUGGGUUAUUCCACAGAUGGUGACGUCAUAGACACGAUGACGUCACCGGAGCACUAUUAUGACGUGUUGCAGGUGACUGAGCGGGAACAUGUGUUAAAGGUCCCUUCAUGCCCUUCUCGACUCUACCCCGACCUCAGUACAAUACAAGAGUCGACAGACUUGGAAGCGUUUUCACGUUAUAAACAGAAAUACACGAACACACUGGUAAAGAAAAAGUUAGAAUCUAAAGCAGUCUCAAUGCCCAAAGCGCCAGGGAAAUACGAUACGUUCCCACGUGGGCGGGAACACCAAACUCCCUUCCUGCCCAGCGUUAGGGAAGAAAAAUUACAAUCUUUUAACCAAUUAGAGCUAACGCCUGACAAUCUCUAUGAAGACAUAGAGAUAAAACAACAUGAAAAAACAAAUACCGAUGAUGUCAUAAUCGAUGACGUAAAAGCAUAUGAUGACGUCACAAUUGCUGACGUCAUUAAAUGCGAUGAAGUCACUAGAAGCGACCGUGGCGAGAGCUUCGGAACCUUUGGCUAUGAUGGCAAUAAACGUCCCAGGAAACCGUCGCGAAAUUCCAACAAGCAUGACCGUGAGCUGAAAGAGAUAUCUAAACGGCAGGAUUCACUUAAAGAUAGUCCAAUUACACUUAUACUUUGAAAUUGCCAAUUUAUAUCGCAUUUAAUAGAAUCUAUCCUCCAAAACCGAAGGAGUGAGUGAGUGAGUAUGGUUUUACGCCGCUUUUAGCAAUAUUUCAGCAAUAUCACGGCGGGGGACACCAGAAAUGGGCUUCACACAUUGUGCCCAUGUCGGGAAUCGAACCCGGGUCUUCGGCGUGACGAGCGAACGCUUUAACCAUCAGGCUACCCGACCGCCCCUCAAAACCGGAGGAGAUAUCGCUUGGGUCAUAUCAAGCGAUUUCUCCUAGGAGAUACCCAAUCAUGCGAAUUCAUGUGCUUCAGAAAAUGAAAAUGUUUUUCAUUAUUUUCUUGUAUACCAAAUUCUGUUCUCAAUUAUUUACUGAAUUCUCACAAAAUUGUGUAAGAUUUAAAGUUGAUGCAGUUUGUUUUGGUAAUGUGAACUCUACGGGAAGCGUAAAUGAAAUUCUUGUUAGAGCAGUCAAUAAAUAUAGUAUCGCAAGCCAAAGAUUCCACUAGUUUUAUGAUGAGGUCGAUUUGAUUCAUUAUAUGAUUGCUCCAUUAUUUAUGCUACAUUUGUAAAUACAUUUUCUAUUUCAUAUGUUUAAUAUUAUAUUAAUAAUUAUAUGCGUGAUAUAUUUCUGGAGAGUGUUUUUUCAAAUCUAGAUUAAAAUGUCAAUAAAAUCUGU